AUGUGCCUGCGAUCAAUAGUGAAGUUUUCAGAACAUGUGCUCAGAACGAACAAGUUUGUUGACGCAGAGUCGCCUGGUGAGCCACCGACGACGACGAACUCGUUUAAGCAUAGGAUCGUUAGGAUCACGCUAACGGACACAUGCGCCACUGAUUCAUCCGGUGAUGAUGAAGACGGACGAGUCGUCAAGAGAGUGAAGAAGCAUGUUUCAGAAAUCAACUUUAACCCGCCUUCUUCAAGUUUCUCUAAGCACGAUCAACGCAAAAAGAGACGCGUGAGGAGCACGGGAUCAGGGGAGAAGAAGUUCAGAGGUGUCCGACGACGGCCGUGGGGACGGUGGGCGGCGGAGAUCCGUGAUCCAUCACGGCGGAAACGUGUUUGGCUCGGAACGUUCGACACGCCAGAAGAAGCUGCGACGGUGUACGACCAAGCCGCAGUUAAACUGAAAGGCCCUGACGCCGUUACAAACUUCGGUAAGGUGUCCUUUCCGGAAUCCGUGAUCGUUGAUGGACCCAGCCCUACGGUGACAAUCACCGGCAGUAGUGGUAGCGACGGAUCGGCACCUGAUGCGGUUUUCUCUCCGACCUCCGUACUCCCGUCUAACGUCGAGUUAACGGCGAAUGAGGGUUUUGGCUACGGUGACGUGGACGCUUUCGGAUUUGAUAUUGACAUGCCGUUUGAUUUGCCGGAUUUUGUGGUAUCGGGGAGCUACCGUGGCGAGGAGUUUGGCGAGUUUGACAUCGAUGAUUUCCUCGUUGACGUUUAA